AUGACGGCGGAAGCUCGCCGUUCUUCACAAACAGAGUCUCCAGAUCAGUCCACCGCGGCGCCCUCGUACAAGAGACGGCGGAUCGCUCUAGCAUGCACGUCGUGCAGAAAUCGCAAGUCUCGUUGCAAUGGAGUCAAACCCGCUUGCAGCCUUUGCGUUGAGCUAGGUUUCGAAUGCAUUUACCAACAACCAGCUGCUGCAAACGGCGUCAAUACCACCGUCCCACAGCAGAAUUCUAGUGGAUAUGAUGAGAGACUCCGUGCCAUUGAAGAUACACUGCGCCUUCUGGUAGAUCAGAAUGAACCAUCUGGACCCAAGCGAAGAGAAUCCUACUUUCGUCGCGCCGAGGUCCUAGAGCAGGUCGAGCAGCAGCAGCAGCAGCGCCAGGUGACGGUCAACUCUGAUGAGGAUGUUGCGAUCCUGGAUGAAGAUGACGAUCAGCCUGCGAAUGCUGGGGAAGACUCAGUCGACGGCAUGGCCGCCAUCACUGACCCAGAAGACAGAGAAUCGCGAUUCUUCGGCCCCUCAUCCAAUAUUACCUUCUUACGCCAUAUCUCAGACGCCACUUCAACCACCUUAAAGGCUAUAGGUCAAUCGCGAACCUCAGAACCACCACUCGGACAGUCCCUUGUCUCAAGAGCCGCCUCGCCUGUCACGACAUUGCUAUCAGAAAAAAGCCCUGCCGUAAGAAGUCAGUAUGUCAAUAUCAGAUCUCUUCCGUCUGAAUCUCGAGCACUCCAUCUCAUUCAACUAUUCUUCUCCGACACUGGAAUGCUCUUUCCAUACAUUCAUGAGCAAGAAAUCCUUCGAACAUACUCCACCGCUCGGCGGAAUCGCUUCGUUUCUGUGAGCCGGUCCUGGCUUUGCCUCCUAAAUGUUAUCUUUGCAUUCGCCACCUAUAUCAGUGCCAGACCAGAUCAGCCUGCGGAGAAGAAUGCAGCAGAGUCAGAAGUUUUCAUGGAAAGGGCACAAGCGCUUGCAGAUGAGAUUGAGUUGAAGUCAGCCAAUCUGGAGAGUGUGCAAUGUUUCCUGUUGAUGGCGCAGUAUCGUCAAGGUACCCAGAGAUCCGACAAGGCAUGGAUUCUUCACGGGAAAGCGGUGCGUGCCGCGCUACAGCUGGGCCUCCAAUCCCGGUCGACCUUGGCCGGAUUCAGUCCUGUCGAAGCAGAGAUAAGGAAGAGAACGUGGUUUGCUUGCAUGAUACUCGAUAGGACUUUAAGCAUGACCUUUGGCCGUCCCGCCACAAUUCCAAAUUCAUACAUGACCUUGGAUCUACCUAUCAACCAAAGCCUCGACAAGAUCGCUAUGGCUGCGCCUGCAUCAGCUGGCCAUAACGGGAUUGAAUCACCAGAUACCGUUUGUCUCUUCACUGCAACCAUACAAUUAUACUACAUCCUUGAAGAUAUAAUGACCCAGUUGUAUGGUUCAAACGUCGAUACUGAUCCACAGUUGACUAUGCCUGUCAUGUUGGAACGAACGCUAUUGCUGGAACAGCGCAUGGCAGAAUGGAAGCGAAAUCUACCGUACCAGCUACAGCGGAAACCAUGGGUUGAGAUCGCACCUGGCACAGUGGGUUCACCUGCAAGGGAUCCAAUCUCGGAUCGACUCAGUGUGAUCAUCACACUACGAUAUCUCAACACACGUAUCUUAUUGCACCGACCGGUCCUGAGCACCUUUCUGCAGAGGAGGGCUCGACUCAGAGCAGAUGGGGGAGCAUUUGACGACGAGGACCAUUUCUUCCGUGACCUUGGAGAACGGAGCAUCAAAGCCUGUGAGCAGUCGGCUUCUGAGAUUGUCGAGAUUGUGCAAAGGACCAGUCGGCCUCCGGCUCUACUAGGUGCAUGGUGGUUUUCGGCAUACUACACAUUCAAUGCCGCACUCGUGAUAUUCAGCUGCAUCUUGUUGGAAAUCACUACUACCAACCGAUGGACAGCCUCGGGACCUACCAUCACGGUGGCUGAGCUGCUGGACACAGGCAGGAUCAUCGACAUGAUCACACACCUGCGGAGAGCCGCCGAGACACUACAACGAUUUGGCGAGGGCAUGAGAUCUGCCAAACGGAUCCGCAAAACAUUGUUGAAACUGGUGCACAUCUGCAUGAAUCUGGCGCAGAGUAACAACGAACAAGGAGCUGCCAUAUUAUCAGCCCUAUCAAGCAAUUAUGACGCCGAGAUGGCCCAGCUACAGCAACAGAUUGGUCUUGAUCUUGCCAAUUCAGGUGGAGGCAUGGUACAAGGACCGAUGAUCACAGGGGAUGGAAUGAUGUUGCCUCCUACGACGAUGGACCCCUUUGCGACGUACGAUGUUGGAAUGCAUCAGUACUGGUCUGAAAACACGAUGGAUUUGUUCAACGAUUUGGUCGGUGUAGAAAGCGGAUUGACGUCCCUCAUGGCAGGUUAG